AUGUUUUCUAAUACUAAGCAAAAUUUUAAUCCGAUUCACGGUACACUUUCAAAUGGUGCUUUAUUUGUACGACUUGCUUUAGAUACAUCUGAAACAAAAGUAGAAAAACUUCUUAUUAAUAUCUGGAAAAUUCCUAAACCUCGAUUAAUUAUGUCAAUUAUUGGAGGACAAAAAUAUUUUACAUUAAGUGAUCGACUUGAAACAAAUUUUAUCAAUGGUAUUAUUCAUGUUGCUCUUAAAUCAGAUGCAUGGUUAAUGACAAAUGGAUAUAAUGUUGGUAUUGUACAACUUGUAGGACAAGCAAUUAAUAAAGUUAAAUUAACAAAUCCAAAAAAAAAACUUACAGCUAUUGGAGUUUGUAAAUGGGGAAGUGUACAAGAUGUUGAAGAAAUUACAGAUUCUGAAAAUAAAAAAAAACAAAAAAAAAACGGCACAUCUAAUACUACAGAUAAUGAAGAGAAAAUACAUAAACGUGAAAGUGGUCAACGAGAUCUUGAAAUGAAUCAUAGUCAUUAUCUUAUGUUAGAUGAUGGAAGACUUCGAUAUUAUGACAUAGAAGAUUAUCGAACACGAUUAUGUGUUCAAUUAGCAAAACUACGUCAUGAAAUUAAUUUUUCUACUCCUGUUGUUACUAUUGUCGUAGAAGGUGGUAGAGAAACCAUUAAAAAUGUAUACCAUGAUUUGCGGGCUAAUAUUCCUGUUGUUAUUAUUGAUGGUAGUGGUCGUGUAGCUGAUUUUUUCAAACGUUGGUUAUUAUAUACGAAAGAAUUCGAUGAUAAUAGUAAAGACUCUGAUGUUGCAUAUGAAAUUGAUCAAAUUGAUAAUGUAACACCAGUUACAACUUUUUCACUUUCAACUUCAAAUCAAAAUGAUGUAAAUAAUUCAAAAUCAAGUGAUGCUAAAUAUGUUCAAUCUCAGUCUGAGGAAUUCAGAAAUCCACUUCAAAAUAUGUUUAGUAAAUAUGUCAAACAACUUCAAACAGAUCUUAGUGUAAUUAUGACACAUGAUGAUGAUUCGAAUAAGAAAAAAAGAAAGGCACCAUCAUCAAAUAGUUCAAAUGAUAGAUUAUCAACUAAAUUAAUAACUACACUUAAACAAGUUAUGUAUUGUCUUCAACCAGCCGUUCGUUCUGGUAUAACAGUAUUUAAUUUAAAUUCAGAUGAUAAUUUAUCAGAAACAAUUUUUCGAAGUAUUUGUAAAGCACGUCAAAAAAAUUUUAAUAAGAACGAAAAUGAUGAAAAUAAUGCAACAGAAGAAAAUCAAGGAAAAUUGGAAAUACUACCUAAUUUACAAGAUCGAGAACUUCAAUCAAGUGUACAUCAAAAUAUUCAUAAAAAAGAUCGACGUACACAACGAUCACAAUUAUUACGAUUAGCAAUGGAUUGGAAUUGUAUUCAUGUUGCAAAAGAAUUAAUUUUACAAAAUUCAUUAAAUAAUAUUCUGAACAAAGAACAAGAUUUUAUAUAUGCUUUAACAGAAGAUUUACCAACAUUUGUUUAUGAAUUUCUUAAAUUGGGUAUUGAUCCAAGUGAAAUAUUCUUUCCAGAUGAUGAAUUCUUUAAAGGAAAAACUCGAUAUAAAAAAUUUAUUGAAUGUUUUUAUAAAAUUGAAAUAGUGAAUAGGGACACAACUCAUUUAAGUUGGUUUAUUGAAUCACAUUCUGAUUCUAUUGAAAAACAUAUUACUACCACUGAUGAGCUUAAUUCUGUUCUUGCUACACUUGUUGGUGACUAUAUGAGUAACCUAUAUUUUGAUAGCAAUGAACAAGAGAAAAUAUAUCGAUCAUUAUGGGGCUUAGAUAAGGAAAAUGAUGAGCUAAAGCAAAGCAAUAAUCGAGGUACAGGAUCCGAUGAUAAUCUUGCGGAUGGGGAAAAACGACAAAUAAUUCAAGAUUACAUAAUGCGAGAUUUAUUUUUAUGGUCAAUACUUAUGAAUCAUAUUGAUAUGGCUAAAGUUCUUUUGUGUUAUGUUAAAUAUCGAAUAUGUCCUGCAUUGAUUGCAACAAAAAUUUUAAAAGAAUAUCAUCGUAAAGCACCUUAUGGUGAAUUAAAAGAAAAUUAUAUGAAAAAUGCUGAUUAUUUUCAACAAUAUGCUAUUGAUUGUAUAACACAAUGUGAAAAAAAUGAUUCAGAUCAAGCAUGUCAAAUUGUUUUACAACGAAUAGAACUUUAUGGAAAUGUUACUUGUCUUCAAGUUGCUGCUGAUGCAGAAGAUAAAUUAUUUAUUGCAACAUCAUGCUGUGUUCAAGCUAUGAACAAUAUUUGGUAUGAUAAAAUUCAUGCAAAACAAUCAAGAAAACGAAAUUACUUCUUUAUGGGUAUGGGCUUCUUUUCGUCUGGUCUUUUGGCUCCAUUUACAGUCACUUAUCGGACAUGCCCAAAGGAACCGAAAGACGAACCUUGUAGUCGAUCUUUACAAUCCUAUGGUAUAGAUUAUUCUGAUCCAUAUUCACUUGAAUAUCCUCGUAUGAAAAUCUUAUGUAUUAAUCAAUAUAUGCAUAAACUGAAAAAUUUUCAUCAAGCUUUAGUAAUAAAGUAUUUGUAUCAUUGUGUAUUUUAUUGUUUUUUUCUUUUACUUUUUUCUUAUACGCUUUUAUUUGAUUUUCAACGACCAACGAAUGAAAACCCAUCAAUACAUUGGACUGAAAUUUUAACUAUUAUUUUGGUUUCGUGUAUGUUAAUUGAAGAAAUUCAUUAUUUUGCUUGCCUAGAUAACUUGAGUUUAGCAGGAAAAUGUAUUAGUUAUUUUCGUAAUCGAUUUAAAAUUAUGACUAUUGUUGGAGUGGGUCUGUUCUAUAUCGGACUAAUCUUAAGAUUUACACAUGCAAGUACAGAUGAUGAAUUUACUGCAGCUAGGGUGGUGAUGGCUAUCGAUUUGGAAAUUUGGUACCUUCGUUCUCUAUCAUUUAUUAUAGUUGUACAAUAUCUUGGACCACAUCUUGUAGCCAUUGGAAAAAUGCUUAAAGAUCUUGCAUUCUUUAUGUGCAUUAUUUUUAUUGUUAUGGCUGGCUAUGGUGUUGCUUCUCGUUCCAUGGUUUAUUAUCCAAAUUCUGAUAAAUUUAAUCAAACUAAUUUCAGCACUGCGUUUGAUGGUCGAAGUAUUUUUCGUCAAAUAGUAUAUCCUGUUUAUUAUUUAAUGUAUGGGCAAUUUGGUAAUGAAUUAUCUAAUCUGGAUGCCUACCCUGAUGCUGGUUGGUCAAUUUCAACACAUGUAUUACUUGCUGCUCAUAUGCUUCUUGUCAAUAUUCUACUUAUUAAUCUGCUUAUUGCAAUGUUUAGUAAACGAUUUGAUCAAGUACAUAAUGAUACACAAAGUAUUUGGCAUUCUCAACAAUAUUUAUUUACACGUGAAUAUUUUACACGCUCACCAUUUUUUCCACCAAUAAGUCUUAUUUAUGAUAUAUACCAUUUAUGUCGUAUAACGAUCUUUGCUAUCAGACGAGUUAUUAAAAAAUCAGCAGAUCGUCGAGCGAAAGUAUUUAAAAUAAUUCCUAUAAAUAAAAGUUUUAUUAAAGAUUGGUAUGAAUUUGAAGGUGCAUCAACAUAUGAAUAUGCUCAUACAGAAGCAAAGACAUCAAAAUCUACAUCAAUGAUAUCAACUAAAGGAUCAGAUCUUAAUAAAAUUGAAAAAAGAGAAAAUAUAAAUGAUAAUAAAGAUGAUUCAAAUAAUUCAAUUAAUAAUGUAGAACAAAUACGAAAUGAUUUAGCAAAAUUAAAUCAAUCAUUUGAAGAAAGUAAACAACAAAUACAAGAAGAGUUAGCAAAAUUAAAUCAAUCGUUUGAAGAAAUUAAAAAAUAUUUGAAAAAAUAA